UACUUAAGAGAAUCAUGGUUCAGCAAAAGCCUUUCAUAUCUUCAGUCUACUAGUGAAAGUUCUCUAGCAAAAGUCAUGGGAGAGGUAGACCCAGCUUUCAUCCAAGACCCACAACACAGGCCAAAGUUCUCUACCAUACAACCUGAAGACAUUCCUGUGAUAGAUCUCUCUCCAAUAACCAACCACACACUUUCAGAUUCAUCUUCCAUUGAAAACUUAGUGAAGGAGAUAGGGAGUGCAUGCAAGGAGUGGGGUUUCUUCCAAGUAACAAACCAUGGGGUGCCCCUCACUCUAAGACAAAACAUUGAGAUAGCCUCAAGGUUGUUCUUUGCUCAGAGUUUGGAAGAGAAGAGAAAGGUUAGUAAAAGUGAGAACAAUACCCUUGGUUAUCAUGACACAGAGCACACCAAGAACAUAAGGGACUGGAAAGAAGUGUUUGAUUUUCUAGCCAGAGACCCCACUUUCAUUCCCCUCACUUCUGAUGAACAUGAUGAUAGACUCACUCAGUUGACUAAUCAAUCUCCUGAAUACCCUCCAAAUUUCAGGGUUAUAAUACAAGAGUAUAUUCAAGAGAUGGAAAAGCUGUGCUUUAAGCUGUUGGAGCUUAUAGCUUUGAGCUUAGGCAUUGAAGCGAAUAGGUUUGAAGAAUUUUUCAUCAAAAACCAAACUAGCUCUAUUCGACUCAACCACUAUCCUCCUUGCCCUUACCCUGGCCUUGCUCUUGGAGUUGGUCGACACAAGGACCCUGGUGCCUUGACCAUUCUUGCACAGGAUGAGGUUGGAGGACUUGAAGUGAAACGUAAAGCUGAUCAAGAGUGGAUAGGAGUGAAACCCACCCUAGAUGCUUAUAUUAUCAACGUUGGUGAUAUUAUUCAGGUUUGGAGCAAUGAUGCAUAUGAAAGUGUGGAACACAGAGUGGUGGUCAACUCUGAGAAAGAAAGGUUUUCCAUUCCAUUCUUCUUCUAUCCUGCGCAUGAAACUGAGGUCAAGCCUUUGGAGGAGCUAAUAAAUGAGCAAAAUCCUUCAAAAUAUAGGCCAUACAAAUGGGGCAAGUUUAUUACCCAUAGAAAGAAUACCAAUUUCAAGAAUCAAAAUGUGGAGAACAUUCAAAUUUAUCAUUAUAAGCUUGCUUAAAAGAUAGUAUAGUGGCAGUAAAAUUUUGCUUAUGUAUAUUGGGUAUAAUGUGUUGAUGCAGAUUGAUCCAAGACACUGCUUCUGAUAUGCACAGCAAUUGUAUUUGCUGCUAAAUUUACUUGGAAUUGCAUUAGUUUUUAAAUUUCCUAUUUUAACAUUUUUUGUUCCUUGUGUAUCUUUUUGUUAAUUAGAUUCUUGUGGAUUGUGAAGUGUAAACUGUUUCUUCAUUAUUAAGUAGCCUUCUUCAUCAUCAUUUGUUUAA